AUGACAGCAUUGCGAUGGUUGGUGUUGGCUCUUGGAGCACAGUGUGCGAGAGGAGCAGUGGUGCCCAUACCCACCAUCACGCCUGCACCUAUUAUUGAGCGACAAGAUCCCAAUGCUAUCGAGCUUGCAAAGGUGUUGCUCACUGCUCUCCCUGCCUCACUACGUCAGAUCGCUGCAACGAACAUACCCGCGGUGUCGAGCAUCUUAUGGCAUGAGUUUCUAGACGACAACAAACCCGACUGGUUCAGGGCGUUACCUUCGAAUAUACAAAGCUACCUCAUCGUGCAGUAUGGCCCUUCAACAGCUUGGCCCACCUCGACACCUAUAUCGAGCGCUAGCAGUGCUUCGACCACAGCCGACUCAUCAACCAUAACAUCAGCGGCCAUCACAUCUUCUACCUCGGACCCUGACAGUCCGCCAGCCAGAGACUCUGGACUCAGUCAGGGAGCAAAGAUUGGAAUCGGGAUCGGUGUUCCACUCGGUGUUCUUGCGCUUCUGGCUGUAUUGAUCCCAUGCUGUUUCGCAUUCCGCAAGAAGAAGCAGAAGAAACCCAGCGGCUACGAGCCACCUCCUUCGCCAGGAUUCAUGCCCCACGGUGCUUUCCAGGAGAAGUCGACCAGCUACCAGGAAUACCGCAGGCCGCUCAACAGAAGCCAGAGCUGGGACCAAGACGACGAGCUGUGGAUGCAGCCUGUUGCAGACGACUCUCAGCACCGUCCGCAGCAGAAUGCGUCGAGCAUGCCAAUGGACGACUCUAAGACCAUCGUUGGCCCUCCACUGGUCCACACGCACAGCUCAAACCGUGCCCGUGGAAAGCGGACAAGCUACAACAGCUUGCACUCCGUCGCCGAAGUCACAGAGCCCGACGAAGAGUAUACAGCAUAUAGCCCUCACAAGCGCAUGCUCCGCCGCUCAUCCAUGCCUCUGCGCCCUCAAGACCUCCCACCCGUCCCGGUCGGCGCCAGCAUCCGGCGCAAACCUGUUUCCACAGUGGAACCCCACCCGCAGGUUGAAUCGCCCUUGACUAGUCCCGUCGCGGAGCGCGGGUCUUUUGGACACUUCUCGCUCCUGCGCCCCGCAAUGCUGCACCAAGAUCACAGUGGCAGCUCCUCAAGUGGUCUUGCCGCGACGCUCUCUUCACCAGAGGACUCGCGUCGCUCGAGCGCAAACACAGAUCCUACAACCCCCGGGUCUCCCAUCUCCCCUCCCCCACCUCAGCAAAAAGCCGCGAACACAUUCACCACCACCAACAACGAUUACGCUACCCCACAGCAUGUAAAUCCAAACCAACCCACCAACCCCUUCAGCAACGACUACGCAUAUCUCGAGGACUACGGCCCCGAGUACCAAAACGGGUACAUUGAUGUUGACGAUGGGCUGUAUGGGGGCCAUAGAAGUCUGGAUGCGUAUCCCGUUGUGCCGGAAAGGAGUGAGCGCCGGGGGAGUAAGGGGGUGAGCGAGUGGCCGCUUAAGGACUGGCCGUUGAAGAGCUUGGGGAGUCUGGGUCGCGGGCGGAGGGAGAGGAGCCCGCAGUGGGAUCGGGUUUAUGAGCGGUGA